AGAUCUUCAAAACAUGAAGAACAUCUGAGAUUCUGGGCUUAAGACAAAGCCGUCUCUUUUAACCUUAUUCUUCAUCUUCGAGCAUACGAUUGCUUUCGUCUUCGUUUGGGAUCUUCGAAAAGUGAAUAACUUUUUUUUCCCUCGAGUAUUCUCUACGAUAAAUUGCGUUUGAUUCUUUCAAUUUUUUUUUCAUUUGCGGCCCAAGUUUGGAUCUUUUUUACAUCGUUAAUCUCAAUUCUUAAGAUAGUUAGAUUGCUUUUCUCAAAGUUGGAGCUUUGGCGGCAGUGAACGAUGCUCGGUCAUAGGAUCUCAAGAUUGGGGUCUACCAUUGUUAAACAGCUCGCAAGAGAGGGAUAUAUAUCAACAUAUAGGACAAGGAAUCUACAGCGGUCGUAUGGCCACUACUUGCCGUCUUUGCCAGUGGUACCAAGGCAAGCUAGGAUCUCUCAGGAAGCCUGGUUUUUGAAGAGCCAUAAGUUUUGUACUUCUUCAACAACUUCCUCUGAGAAUGGUGAUGAAGAAACUGAGAAGAUAACCAUUAUCUUUGUUGAUAAGGACGGAGAGGAAAUUCCUGUUAAAGUACCAAUUGGAAUGUCUGUGCUCGAAGCUGCUCAUGAAAAUGAUAUAGACCUCGAAGGGGCAUGUGAGGCUUCUCUAGCGUGUUCAACGUGUCAUGUGAUUGUGAUGGAUACGGAAUACUAUAACAAACUUGAAGAACCAACUGAUGAAGAGAAUGAUAUGCUUGAUCUUGCUUUUGGGCUCACAGAAACGUCACGACUCGGAUGCCAAGUCAUUGCAAGACCAGAGCUAGAUGGUGUGCGCUUGGCUAUUCCUUCAGCCACGAGGAAUUUCGCGGUUGACGGAUUUGUUCCAAAACCUCAUUAGUUUUCGCAGAGAUUCUUCGACCUGAGGCAUUAAGGAUCAAAGAGCUGAUUCAUGUUUCUAUUGGAGUUUUGAUGAUUGCUUACCGAGAGGAAACAGUUCUUGGACCUGAGGCAUUAAAGGAUCAAAUAGAUGAUUUAUGUUUCUAUUGGAGGAUUUGAUGAGAGGAAACAGUUUUAUUACAUAUUAGUUUUGAUCUUGGCAUUUCUCGUUGUUGUCUGAGUUUCUAACAGAACAAGCUUUAAGCAAUUAUUUGGAAUAAGUAGUACCAAGGCUUUGCUUUUCUUUAA